AUGUUUGUUGGGCUGAUCAGUUGUUUACUGUUUAUCUGCAUUGAGUCCAUUCAAGGAGGUGUUGAGACUGCUUCACAGCUUUACAGCCAGGGGUUGCGUCUUAUCCUCGCUUUCCGCGCCCAAUUAGCUGCCAAGAUCAUGCCAGCAACCAAUGCCUCUUUGUUAGAGGAUGUCAUCGUUCCGAUCUUCCUUCGUCUAGGAUCGAUCGCUCUCCCUCUUUCGGCACUUCAGGUCGGUUCUUUGCUAGGAGAAAAUAAGGAUUUGCCGAUGCAAGGAUUUGACUCCCUCAAGUCUGCUCGAGAUGGCAUCGUUCUCAUAGCCGCAGAGACCCAAGUCUUUCAAGGCGAAUGCGUUGAGUAUUUACGGGACCCUGACACCGCCAACAAAUUCCAAAACUUGUCACGACAACAAUCAGUCCUAUCAACCAGACUCAAGAGAUGGCGCUCUGCAUUUAUCAACCUAGUGGACUCCCUACGCAGAAGAGAAGUCUUGUCACCACAACAGACCGGCUUAGGAGCCCUGCUCUUCGCUUCUUACGAGGCGCUGUUUAUAACACUCAGGAUCUGCUUAUCACCAAGAGAGACCGACACAGACGCAUAUAUACCCAACUUCCAAAAUAUAGUGGAACAGUCCGAAAUCGCUCUUGAUGCUACAGCACGACCAGACGGAACACAGCCACCCUACACAUUUGAACUCAGCGUUGGCCUCCCACUCUGGUUCACCUGUUCCAGAUGCCGCGAACCUAAAAUCAGGCGCACCGCACUCGCCUUAUUACGCCGAGCUCCUCGGGUGCUGGGGUUCUACCAGACCCGAUCCAUGUUCACUUUCGGCGAGCAGGUCAUGGCGUUAGAAGAAAGAUACGGAAUGGCAAUGAAUACAGGUCAAGCGAGAGCCAGUUUUGUUGUACUGAAAUCAACCGACCCAUCUAGUGAAUAUCAACCCGACAGUCAGGGCACGGGUAACGAGGUUUCAAAGUUCGAUCUGAGCACUCUUGUCACCGCUCCGGAUGAUGAGACUAUCGCAAGCAUAUAUUCCAUGCCUGCAGGCUUCGAGAACUCGAUAUCGACAUCAAUGCUCAUCCCGGAAGAGGCACGGAUGGGACCCAUCAAAAUUUUUCGACCACAAGAUGGGCUUCCUGAAGGAACGACGGAGAAAGAUAUUGCGAAGUGGAAACCAACCCGUGAUCAACUCUUUUUGCGAUGUACGUGGAACGAACGUGAUCCGACUACCGAUACUUGGCGAAGAGUCCACGAAUACAUCCCCACUACUGUAUAA